AUGGCUCCAAAACUAGAGGAAUGGGAAAUCAAGAAGUAUUGGGAAAUCUUCAGUGGGUUAAAACCAGUUGAUAAUAAAUUAACAGGGGAUCAAGUUAGUGUUGUUUUGAAAAAUUCAAAAUUAAGUGAUUCAAAUUUAUCCACAAUUUGGGAUUUAUCAGAUAUUGAUAGUGAUGGAUCUUUAGAUUUUGAAGAAUUUUGCAUAUGUAUGAGAUUGAUCUUUGAUUUAGUCAAUGGGACUAUAUCAUCAUUACCUUCACAAUUACCUGAUUGGUUAGUGCCUUCAAGCAAAGCACAUUUAAUUCAAGCAAAUAGAGCAUUAUCUGGUCAAGAUCAACAGCAAUUGAGGUAUUCAGAUUCGGAAGAUGAAGAGAGUAGUUUGAGUGAUCAGUUUGAUUGGUACAUUUCUCCAAAUGAUAAGAGUAGAUAUGAAGAAAUUUAUUCAAGUGCAAGUGAUAGAUUUGGAAGAAUUACUUACGAUUCAUUGAAUGGAUUAUACAACACAUUACCAAAUGUUCCAGCUACUGAUAUUAGUUCUGCCUGGAAUUUAGUCAAUCCAAGAUCUUCAGAAACAAUAGAUAAAGAUCAAACCUUAGUAUUUUUACACAUGUUAAAUCAAAGAUCCACAGGGAAAAGAAUUCCAAGAAGUGUACCAAGUUCAUUGAGAGCAACAUUUUCCAAAGAAACCCCAGAAUAUUCACUAGAUUCCCAUCAAGCUGAUAUUCACAAAAGUGGUAACUCUAAACAUUCAUUUGCAGACAAUUACCUAGAGAGAAUUGGAGGCUCUGAAUUAUCCAAGAACGUUAAAGGUACCGAUUUUUCAUCUACAGAGGGUACAGACUGGGAAGAAGUUAGAUUGAAAAGAGAAUUGGCAGAUUUAGAGGAAAAGGUCCGUCAAAAGGAACUAGAAACUGACUCCAAAACUAAUGAAAGAAAUAAUGUUUUAAAUGGUAAUGGGACAACAAGUAACAAAACUUUACAAAUAAGAAAGGAACUAGAACAAUUAUUGGAAUAUAAGCAAAAACAGUUGGUUCAAGAUAGUAAAACCGGUGUUGAUUUAUCAGAGAUCUCUAAUGAUAUAGAUACUGUGGAGAGUCAAGUUCAAGUUUUGGAACAAUAUUUACAACAGAAAAAGAAUGAAUACAACGAGUUGAAGAAUCAAAUAGCACAAGCAAAAUCAUCAGCUUAAGAUGCUAAGAAGAGGUGUUCACAACUCUAAUAAUUUAAAAUGCGAG